CGGUUAAUGGGAGCUCCAGCGGAAGUGUCGUAUUUUGCCGUUGGAAAAAAUGGCGACGACGGAAAACAUGGCGGAUUCUCCGGGCGUCUUCUUAGUUAUUAGCAAUAUUCCCAUCGCUUUCCACUCGGCGGAUCUCCGGAAUUAUUUCAGUCAGUUCAUAGAGAGCGGCGGCUUCGUUUGUUUUCACUACCGCCACCGGCCAGAGGUACACCGGGAGCCUCGACCGUGCGGAGACAGCGAGGACGACGGCGACAAGUCGUCCGGUAGCGACCUCGCAGGAGGGGCGCCGGCAGCGGCUGAUGACAACGGCAGCAAAAAGACCAAGCGGGCGGCCAAAACGUGCUGUUGUGUCGUGUCCGUCCACGACAAGCACGCCGACAGGUUCGUCAAGAUGUACGCGGGGAACCACUGGAUCGACUCCAAGGGCAACUGGUUGAGCAGAAAAUGUGUCAUCAAAAGAGUGAAGGUCUCACAACAUAACGAUGACAAGCAGUUCCCCUAUAAGACGAGGUUGGAGCAGCGCCACCGGGUGUCCACAACCGAACACUUCACCCUCUCCGACCUCAAGACCUUAUCCGAGCUCAAUCCGCCCGCCCUGAUGCGGUACGGCAACGUGGGCACCUCGGUCAAAGUCUUCCUGCAGCUCAUCCAGUCCUGCCGCCUGCCCCCCCGCCUCAUCCGCAAAUUGGGCCUCACGUUCCCCAAGACCGGCUCCAACCGUCGCUACGGCAACGUGCCUUUCCAGUACCGGGACACCUACACGCUACCGGCAACAGAAGAGACGGUUUUGACAGCGGCCGGCCACGAGAUAUGUGGGCCGGGCUCUUUGGCCGCCCCGACGUCGGCGGGGGCGCGGCGGGAUGACCGCUGCGAGACAGCGGAAGAGACUGAUGAGCCGAACACAGAAGAAGAGGACGACGAUGUGCAGUCAAACGCUGAUGAUGACGACGACCGCUGCGAGGAGUGGGAACGUCACGAAGCGUUGCGCGACGACGUCACCAGCCAGGAGCGGAGCAAAGAGAGGCUGUUCGAAGAGGAAAUUGAGUUGAAGUGGGAAAAGGGCGGCUCGGGCUUGGUGUUCUACACCGAUGCUCAAUACUGGCAGGAAGAAGAAGGAGAUUUUGAUGAGCAAACAGCGGACGAUUGGGAUGUCGACAUGAGCAUCUACUAUGAUAAAGACGGAGGUGACAUGGACGCCCGGGACUACGUCCGAAUGCGACUGGAGAAAAGACUUCGGGAUGGUCUUGAGGACGGGUCGGCACACAAUCAGGCCAUUGGCAGUUUUGAGAGGUUCACAAAGGGUUUUGGCCGCCGCGUGAUGGAGAAGCAGGGCUGGAAGGACGGUGAAGGCUUGGGGAGCAGUCAAACGGGGAUUCCUGACGCGCUGGAGAACGAAGGCAAACAUCCUUACUGCAAACGGGGGUUUGGAUAUCAUGGAGAAAAGCUACUCUUACAUCCUGGUAAAAAGCCCAGAAAAGACUUCCAUGUAACUACAAUCUACGAUCAACCCAAAGACGUUGAUAAAGGCGACGCUCUGCUCAGACGUCAACCGAACACCAGCAUGAAGUACAGAGGCUGGCAGCCAGGGGGCAGCGUUGGCCCACGAAGAUGACUAAAACUGUUUUAUUUUGGAGUUCAUGUUUAUACUGGAUCUUGUUUUUGUUCGUUAUAAAUUUGAGUACCCUCA